AACACUUAAUAAAUGCAUUAAUAAUCUGUCAAACCUUAAGAUUGACAAGUUUAAAACAUAUUGGAACAACUAGACUUAAAAAGGGACCUUGUGAGGAUUUCUAUGAAUAUGCCUGCAGUAAUUAUGCUAGAUGGAGUAAAAGACUUUGAACCGCUGGAAUGUCUUAAAGAUUUAAGAAAUAAAUUCGAUUUGGCCAUAAACUAUUUAUACUAUCAUGACUUUUAUAAAUUGAGAGCAAAGAAAUUCAAACUUGUUCUUAACUCUAUGCUUCUCAAUAUAAGAGACAUUAUGGAAACCUAUUUCAAGGAGAAUCAUUUGCAUUUGUCUCCCGAACAUAUAAAUGUGUUAAACAAUAAAAUUCAAACAAUUAAACUAAAUAUUGGAAAUUUACCCAACGGUUUUGAUUUUAAAACAAUACAGACCUAUUAUCAGGAUAUACCUCAACUAGAUCGUAAAAAUUAUAAUAAAAAUCAUUUACUCUUAUUGAAACAUCGCUUUCGUAAAUCGUUGCUAUAUGAAAGAAAUCAAACACAUGAUAUCACAGUCGAUUAUACCUAUCCCUCGCCCUUUUAUUUGCUCACCAAGAAUAUGAUAGUCUUGCCGUUUGCCACCUUUCAAUUGCCGCUAUUUCACUAUAAGCAAACACCUCUACAACAAUUGUCCCUCUUUGGCUUUGUCUUGGCCCAUGAACUAACACAUGCUGUUGAUAAUAUCGGCAUACAAUACGAUCAUCAAGGCUAUUCUUUAACCCAAACUUCAGCUAUACUAAACCAUCCGAAUUUCUCAGAAUCUCUAAUAUGUUUGCAAAAACAAAAGCCUACUUAUAUACAUGAACGUAUUGCCGAUAUAUUUGGUGUGCGUGUGGUUUAUCGCGCCUAUUUGCAGUACUAUGCUCAGCGUCAAAAGAUGAUUGGCGAAAAGAAUUCUUCAUGA